CGUCUUCAACUGCUCCCCGCACGCCCCCUUGCCGCCCUCCCAGCAACAGACUACGACUAGACAACAAUGGCCACGAAAGAGCUCAAGCAGCUUACGCGCGAGGAGGUUGCGCAGCACAACAAGCCCGACGACCUGUGGAUCGUCAUAGACUCGAAAGUGUUCGAUGUGUCGAAGUUUAUAAACCAUCAUCCUGGAGGGGCGAACGUCUUCCUCGCCGAGGAGAUUCCUGGCCAGGAUGCCACAGAAGCUUUCUAUGGCCUUCACCGCCAUGAAGUACUCCUGAAGCCUCAGUACGCACGGUUGCAGAUUGGCACAAUAACCGGCGAGAAGAGUCAAAUCGUCGGCAAUGUGCCGGGUCACUUGAGCGAGGUUCCUUACGCUGAGCCAACCUGGUUGUCGAAGGGAUACCACAGCCCAUACUACAAUGAGAGCCAUCACCGAUUCCAGAAGGCGAUUAGGAAGUUCGUUGACGAGGAGAUCAUCCCGGAGGCGUUGGCACGAGAGGAGGACGGCAAACGGCCGAGCGUCAGUCUUAUCAAGAAGAUGGGCGACAAUGGCUUGAACGCGAUGCGCCUCGGUUCCGGGAAGCAUCUCAAGGGCCUGACGUUGAUGGGAGGGGCAGUGACUCCCGAAGAGUUUGAUUACUUCCACGAGGUCAUCCUCAACCAAGAAGCGUCUCGUGCCGGUAUGCGUGGCUUCCAAGACGGUUUCAACGGCGGCAUGGUCAUCGGUCUGCCACCUGUGAUGCAUUUCGCGAGGCCAGAGCUGCGUGACCGUGUCAUGAAGGAGGUCCUUUCCGGCGAAAAAUAUAUCAGCUUGGCGAUUACGGAGGCGUUCGCGGGCUCGGAUGUCUCGGGCUUGAAGACGACCGCGCGUAAGACUGAAGAUGGCAAGUUCUGGAUUGUCAAUGGUACCAAGAAGUGGAUCACGAACGGAAUGUUCUCGGACUACUUCACUGUUGGGUGCAACACCGGCAAAGGCCUGACAGCCAUUCUCAUUGAGCGUGGCGAUGGCGUCGAAACGAAGGCCAUCAAGACCUCGUACUCUCCAACGGCCGGAACGGCGUACAUUACCUUUGACAAUGUCAAGGUACCCGUUGAGAACACGCUCGGGCCCGAGAAUGGCGGCGUCUUCGUCAUCCUUAGUAACUUCAACCACGAGCGCUGGGUCAUGGUAUGUGCAUCCAUUCGAGGACAACGGACUAUCGUCGAGGAAUGCAUGAAGUGGGUCAACCAGCGGAAAGCGUUUGGCAAGCCGCUUAGCUCGCAGGCCGUCAUCCGCUCGAAGCUCGCAGCGAUGAUCGCCCGAGUGGAAAGUAUGCAGGCGUGGCUCGAGAACAUCACAUACCAGAUGAACAACAUGUCGUACAAGCAACAGGCGGCUCUUCUUGCCGGCCCGAUCGGUCUGCUCAAGAUGGAAGCGACACGUACUGCACAAGAUACUGCCCGUGACGCAGUGCAGAUUUUCGGUGGCCGCGGUAUCACGAAGACGGGGAUGGGUCGCAUGAUCGAACACUACCACAGGACCGUGCCCUUCGAUGCUCUUCUGGGCGGAGCGGAGGACGUCCUGGGCGACCUCGGUGUGCGCCAGGCGAUCAAGAACAUGCCGAAGGGCGCCAGGCUAUAGUCGUGAUUGUCGCGCAUGGUGUACUGACGGAAGUAGCACUCGGCUUUCGAGGCUUUGUGAUAAAGUUAUUGGCACUCUUAUUCCUCUCAUUUCGCGACGUUGGAUGUAUAUUACUCUCAAGACGUUUGCAAAUCAUCUGGGCAUUUGUACUGUUUUUGUGUGCUCCUUUUCCAUGUAUGUCACUCUGCUGGCGCUGCUCAGCGUUGUCGUCUUAAAAAAAUGGAAUCCUCUUGGCCGGGGACCACAAGUUUCGUUUACCAGAAAGGAAACUUGAUGGCACCUGUA